AUGGCAGUCUCUACCAUCGUCAAUCUAUCUUCGACGCCAAAAAUUCCGAGUCUGGCGACGAGUAGCAGGCAGUCGAUGCGAUCCAACCUUAAGGUGCUCAUUGCUCCGUCCGGAUUCAAAGAGUGUCUUGGACCCGAAGAGGUAUCCAAUUACAUUUACGAAGGUCUGCGACGUGUCCUCAAAGAUAGCAAUGCCCUCUUACACAAGGCACCACUCCACGAUGGAGGUGAAGGCUUCUGUAAGGCGCUCGUGGCUGUUCGUGGCGGCGAGAUGCGCUAUCUAGAAGUCAUGGGGCCCGAUCGUGCGCCAACAAACUCGUUCUUUGGCCUGAUCGGACAGGACAGGAAGACAGCCGUCUUGGAAAUGGCGGCCGCGGCUGGACUGAGGCUUGUACCGAAAGACUGCCGCAAUCCAACGGUCACCACCACGUACGGAGUAGGACAACUGAUAGAGAAAGCACUGGACCUUGGCUGUACCCACAUAAUCAUUGGCUGUGGGGACUCCGGCACGUCAGACGGAGGUGCUGGAAUGCUUCAAGCUCUUGGCGCUCGUCUGUUGGACAAUGACGGCAAUGAACUAGAGCCAGGUGGUGGCGGAGGUGCCCUCAACUCUCUGGGUUCCAUGUCGUUGAUUGAUUUGCACCCAAGACUUCGUGAUGGAAGCGUCAAGAUCGAAGCUGUGUGUAAUAUCAAGAAUGUGCUGUGCGGGCCGGAUGGAGUGGCUCGAGUCUACGGCCCUCAAAAAGGAGCCACGCCCGAACAGGUUGAAUCUCUGGCCAGCGGGUUAGAUCGGCUGGCGCAAGUUGCCAAAUCUCUCCUCAAUAUCGACCUUGCCAACAAACCAGGUAGCGGCGCGUCCGGUGGCCUUGGCGCAGGUCUGAUGAUCCUUGGUGGGGAGCUGCGGCCAAGGAGCGAUGCUAUAGAUGAGUACUUCCAGCUGAAGGAUCUGUUCAAGACGAAAUGGGAUGUGGUCAUCACCGCUGAGGGCAGUCUGGACUACCAGUCAGCCAAAGGCAAGAUGACUGUCGAAAUUGCUCGGCGCGCGCGGGCCCAAGGGGCUCACGUGGUGGCGCUGGCCGGCACAAUCGGCCAAGGCGCCGAAUGUCUCUAUGAUGCUGGGUUUAACGCCUUCUUGAGCAUUUCAGAAGGGCCAAUGUCCCUUGAAGAGGCUAUCAAGUCAUGUCCAAUGCUUUUAACCAACGCCGCAGAGAAGACUAUCCGCAUGUUGUGCAUGGGGAUGUCUCUUCAGUGUGCAGAGCCACAGAUGGCGACUCGCGACAAAUCGCAGCGGAACCAAGUCUACAACGGCGGAGGCCACAACGCCAGUUCCUGGAACGCUACUUAG